AUGCAAAUUAAAGCAGUAAGAGACCACUACACGCCUACAAAAUGGCCAAAAUCUGGAACACCGACAACAGCUAGUACUGGUGAGAAUGUGGAAGCAAUAGGAACUCUCUUUCAUUCAUUGCUGGAUCCAAAUGAAGAUACAGAAUGGAAUGAAAUUUUAAGAGAUUUUGGCAUUCUUCCUCCAAAAGAAGAGCCAAAAGAUGAAAUUGAAGAGAUGGUUUUACGUUUACAGAAAGAAGCAAUGGUUAAACCAUAUGAAAAGAUGACUCUUGCACAGUUGAAGGAAGCUGAAGAUGAAUUUGAUGAUGAAGAUAUGAGAGCGAUUGAAACAUAUAGAGAAAAACGGUUACAGGAAUGGAAAGCUCUUAAGAAAAAACAAAAAUUUGGAGAGUUAAAAGAAAUUUCUGGAAAUCAGUAUGUGAAUGAAGUCACAAAUGCAGACAAGGAUGUAUGGGUUAUAAUUCAUCUAUACAGAUCAAGCAUACCAAUGUGUUUGCUGGUUAAUCAGCAUCUUAGUCUUCUAGCAAGAAAGUUUCCAGAAACUAAGUUUGUUAAAGCCAUCGUGAAUAGCUGUAUUCAACACUACCAUGACACUUGUUUACCAACAAUUUUUGUUUACAAAAAUGGUCAGAUAGAAGGCAAAUUCAUUGGAAUUAUAGAAUGUGGAGGUAUAAAUCUCAAGCUAGAAGAACUUGAAUGGAAGUUAGCAGAAGUGGGCGCGAUACAGACUGAUUUGGAAGAAAACCCUAAAAAAGGCAUUGUAGAUGUGAUGGUGUCUUCAAUUAGAAACACUUCUAUCUAUGAUGACACUAACAGUUCAAACAGUGAUACUGAUGAUACCAAGUAG